UUUUUUCUCUCUCUGCCUCAUACAAGGAGCCCUUUAAGCCCCGGCACCACACACAGAGCACGCAUUCAUACUUGGGCAGCGCGAGCGAGGGGGCUCGGGAGCGAGCGUCACUUUGGAAACUCGGGAACUCACGGACUCUCGUGCUAAACCGGCGACCUCCUUUUCUCAUUACUGAAGUCCUAGCUUUUGGAUUUCAACCGCGGGACAACCGGAGGAGAGAGUUUAGGGUGGGAAGUAAUAGUGGGUGAGUUUGGCGCAGACCGUUGUGCAUUAGCAGGUAAGCUGGGGUCCAAGGUGCGCACUGAGCCACCUAUGAUACCAACAACCCGGAUGGAAAGAACUUUAAUGUGGAACCCUCAUAGAGUUUUGCAACGGAGGCUGAGAGUAGAGACAGAUUGGCAGUUCAUAUUAUAACUUAUAAAGGAUCAGUCGUUCUCUCAACUCUAUUAAACAGCAACAGAUCGGACCCAACAGGUAGAGCUGAGCAUUUAGUAACAAAUUCAUCCGCCUGGAGGCUUGUGUGUGUUAGGAAAGAUGUCUAGAGACGAGCAGAGCUUGUCGGAGGUGGAGCUCAGUCCGGGGAUGUCGGAUGAUAGUCGUUCAAUGUCACCGGGUCAAUCCUCCGGAGCUACCGGGGGAGACUCACCUCUCCCCGGGCAGCAACAUCCGCAGCUCCCGGGUCUGGAGGACUCGGUAGCCGGAGGUUCAUCCACCAAAUCGGACGAUGAGGACGAGCGCUUCCCCGCAGGGAUCCGUGACGCGGUGAGCCAGGUGCUCAACUGCUACGACUGGACCCUGGUGCCCAUGCCGGUGCGCGUGAACAGUGGAAGCAAGAACAAGCCCCACGUGAAGAGGCCCAUGAACGCUUUCAUGGUUUGGGCGCAGGCAGCGAGGAGGAAACUGGCCGAUCAGCAUCCACACCUGCACAACGCAGAGCUCAGCAAGACCCUGGGGAAGCUGUGGAGGCUUCUUAAUGAGAGCGAUAAGCGACCCUUCAUCGAGGAGGCUGAGAGGCUUCGGAAGCAGCACAAGAAGGACUAUCCUGACUACAAGUACCAGCCACGACGCCGCAAAAGUGGGAAGCCCGGUUCUGGGUCAGGAAGUGAGGCCGAUGGUCAUUCGGAGGGUGAGGUCAGCCAGUCCCACUACAAGGGCCUCCAACUGGAUGUGGCCCUCAGCAGGGCAGUCGGGUCCCCUUUGGCAGAUGGGACUCACCCUCAUGCUGCAGGUCAUAGUCCUCCCACACCACCCACCACUCCCAAGACUGAGCCUCAUUCUGGGAAGGCGGGGGAUGGAAAGCGUGAGGGGGUUGGGAAUGGCGGCUCCCGUGGUGCAAUGGAAGGAAGCUCAGGUGCUGCAGGAUCUGGUAAACCUCACAUCGACUUUGGUAACGUGGACAUUGGUGAGAUGAGCCACGAGGUGAUGGCCAACAUGGAACCCUUCGAUGUCAACGAGUUUGACCAGUACCUCCCCCCUAACGGACACCCGGGGGUCGGGCAGAGUGCCGGCGUGGCAGCAGCGGCGGCGGCGGCGUCCUCAACUUCCACCGUCUCUCCGUACAGCUACGGCAUCUCCUCCGCUCUUGCAGCGGCCAGUGGACACUCAGCGGCCUGGCUCUCCAAGCAGCAGCAGCCAAUGCAACAUCACGGCCCCUCUCUGGGCUCAGAUCCCUCCAAGGCUCAGAUCAAGAGUGAGGUCGGGGGUCACUUCGCAGAGGCGGCCUCAGUAGGUUCCCAUGUCACCUACACACCCCUCAGCCUUCCUCACUACAGCUCAGCCUUCCCCUCCUUGGCCUCCAGGGCUCAGUUUGCUGAAUAUGCUGACCACCAGGCUUCAGGGUCAUACUACGCCCACUCCAGCCAGGCCUCGGGGCUGUACUCUGCAUUCUCCUACAUGGGGCCCUCCCAGAGGCCCCUGUACACCGCCAUCAGCGACCAAGCCAGCGUGCCGCAGUCACACAGCCCCACGCACUGGGAACAGCCCAUCUACACAACUCUGACGCGGCCAUGACAGACAACGAGACCAGAGGGCACUGGUGCAGGUUCAGCCCCCAUGUCAGACCCGAGGAUCAGCAGCAGCGUUAGCGGCGUUGGCGGUAUCGGUGGAGGAGGAAGUGGUCUUGGCUGGGGGGAAUGGGCAGGCACCGGGGGAGUCGGCAGUGGCGGCAGGAGGGGACAAGAAACCCCGUUCUGGCCCUGCCAAGAUGCGGAAAUGCUGUCACGGCCCAAGGAUGAGCUUGGAGCGUGGUGCUUUUGAAGAGUGGUCGAUAAUUCAGGGCGUACAGUGUAGCAGUCAGAGAAUGUAUUACUUUACAGCCGCCAACACAAGGUUAGAUUCUCAAAAUCCAAGCCUCUGGCGCUCCCAAAUACACAACAGGAAGUAUGGAUAAGUGGAACAGGACCGAAUGUGUGUAUAAGAAGGGGCACCUUGUAGUCUACACGCCUCUAUCACAGGCAACACGGGGUCAACAGUAACUGGUACUCAUUGAGAAUUAGCAAGACUUUGAGCUUUGAGCCAAAUUCAUUCUACAUGAGUUGAUCUUGUACCAGUGCCAAACGACUUGUCUUCUCAGGCAACAUUGACCUUUUAUCAAACUGAUGCAAGCUUUGUAUUGCUUUUGGAAAUCAAUACGACAAAUACUGGUGUUGGGUUCUGAGGCACCUCUGUCCCUAUUUAAUUCAGACUGUUAUGCUGUGUCCACUUGCCUUUUGUACACACAUGCAUGGAAGUACAAUGCCAUAAAACUUUGUUGAGGUUUUGUAAAUGUCAAACACAACUUGUAACGAUGACUGACUUUCAUCAGGAGGGUGUAUUCAGUAUACUUGAAAUUACAAAUGUUCUUUGAUGCAAACGGAUUUGAUGUUUUUGUGAAAACGACCAACGAGUUUUGAGACCAAAACUUAAAGAAAGGAAACUGAUUUUACAGACGUUUCUCCCAACUCAAAACUACCUUUUGUACCUAAAUAGUUGUUUCUUAGUUUUCAACAUGUGACUUUUUUAAAUGCCUUAAAGGAAUACUUCAUCCCCAAAAAUAACCAUUAGCAGAGGAUUUUUAAACACUGAUACCUUGAAAGAAAAACGGUUUGUGUUUUUAAAUCCAUUUUCUUUUAAAGGAUGCAUGUGUUUGGGAAUUCGUGCUCAUACGACUGGAUAAUUGAGAACUGGAUUAUGUAUAUAUUUAUUCAAAGAAAUACCCGCAUGAUAACGCCUUUUUUAUGUACUUGACAAAUGAAAAGUAAGGCUUACUCUUUCAUUUUACAAUAUAUUUUAUUCAAUAUUGAACGCAUCUUCCAUCCAACAACGACAUCUUCAAGUGAAAUUGUAGAAUACAUCUAUAUAUCCAGAAUAACGCUGACUUUAUUAACACGGUUACUUUGUUUAUGGAGGCAUAAAGUUGUCAAAAGUAAAAGAUGAAUGAGAAAAUUUGGGAAAUUCUGCUGUUUUAAAAAUACUCUCUAACCAUCAUUUGGCUCCCAAGUUGACCCUUUACAUAUUAUUCUUAAUUAUCAUUAUGUGUGAGCUGCAAGGGAUUGAAAGUAUAAAAGCAAAACUGCAAUCUGAAGAUAUUCCCAACAUCAGACUUUUGUGUUUGUGUGUCAUCAUUGGAGAUUGUGUUAUUUUGUAUCGCUGUAUGCCGACGAUAUUCGAAGAUAUUUGAAAGACGAUAAAUUGUGAAUUUGGGGGUUUGAAGUAUUCCUUUACCUACGUAUUGGUGUCAAAAGCUACUUUUACCUUUGUCUCACAACGGCACUGAUGCGUGUGAUGAUUUUCAUUAUUUUUAUGACGCAUUUAUGAAGUAUUUCAUGAAAAAAGACAAUUCUAUUUAUACUUGCAUAACCCGUUGUCGUCGAUCAUGGUCGCAACGUGUCAUAGAAUAUAUAACAGAAGCUUCUUUGUUUGUUUUAACAACUACUAAUAUUUUCAAUGCUUUUUGCCAUUAUAAUCUCCACUGAAUAUACAGUACGCACCACUGCCUUUUAUUCAACAUGUGUAUAUAGAACAGAAUUCCAUGCAAAAUGUCACAUCUUUCGACUUUGUCUUGAAAAAAAAGAAGCAUUUUGAUGCCAAUACUGAGAAACAGCUGCCAGAGAUUGUGCAAAUAAAAGCUUCCAGAAGAUAACAACUUUUAACACAGCCUUAUAUUAAACAGUAAUAAUGUGCCUUGUUUUUAAUAAUACCCUUUUGGACGAUCACAUUUUUUAAAUGUAUCUUUAUCUGGUCUCUAUAAUCUACUGUGUCCUUUCUGUCCAUCAUUUAGAAACAGAACUGUACUUCAUUUACACCUUAAAAGUAAAAAACAGUCUUUGUUUUUAUGUUUAUCACUUCCUUUUUGUCACUACUGCACACAGAUCCAACCAUAUGCAUGCAGCACUGCUUGUUUUAAUCCACCUCAUCUUAAAGCCCCUUAUUAUCUAACCAUUAUUAUUGCGAUGUGUGAAACUUAUUAUGUUGAAUUUCUUAUUUAUAUUUGUUUGUGUGCGCGCUGUUUACUGUCCCUCUCCAUUAUGAGGACAACAUUUGACUGCCAUUUUAGUAUUUCAUUAUUUUCCCCUUCUUGUGUAACGCACUGCACAGCAACGCGGCUCUGAACAGCAGCAGGAGCGAAAGCCCCAACAUGUGAUGGUGAUGAUGACUAAUGACCUUUUACGCUCACUUGAAAUAAAGCUCGAUUAUCUGCUUUGAUACAA